AUGACAGAAGAACACAAAAAUGCCAUUAACGCUAACAUCCAGUCAUUCAAUGCUGAUGUAGCAAACGAGUAUGAUUUCAGAGAGUCAACCCAAUUGUUAAACUUGGUAUUUGCAAAAAUUCUUCUUGCAUACGAUGUGAGGAGAAAGGAACGUAAGACUGAAGAAGAAAGCGCACAAGUUAUUGAAAAGGAACUAGGUAGUGAAUCAUCCUCAUCAAUUGAAAGCAUUGUACCAAACCCCACUGUUUAUUCCAAAGAGUAUCCCAACACUGUUUUUAAACCAGGGAUAAAGAUGCUUGAUUUUGCUUGUGGAACUGGAUUGUUUGCCCAAAGAUUAGCACCGUACUUUCAGUCUCAAGAGAAAAGUACUGAAAUUGAAGGCAUUGAUAUUAAUCCCCACUUCUUGAAGAGGUUUGAAGAAAGGGCCAGUUCAAAUACAGUUCCAAAUGUAUCAUUGCAUGCCUAUUUGUAUGAUAUUCUUGAUCCUAACAUAUCGGAAAAGCUUUCCAAGCUUGAGAACAAGUAUGAUGUUAUAACAUGCACUAUUUCGUACCAUCAUAUCGACAAUUACAAAGAGGUAACCAAGAAAUUGGUUACUUUUUUGAAGCCAGGAGGAUGGAUUUUUAUCGUUGAUUUUUAUAAUGAAGACGUCGAAAAACCCACAAGUAAUCCUCAGAGUGCAGUGCGUCAUAUGGGUGGCUUAAAGGUAUCUACUAUGAAUGAAACAUUAAGAAGUUAUUGCGGAUUAGAGAACGUAUCCAGCGCAAGAGAGACAAGAGUUAGAAUCUGGCAGCAAAAAUCGUUUAUAGAAAACCACUUGCCGAGAAGUACCAUAGAAAAGCUUCAAGAAGGCCAGUUGAAGACCAAAAAAGGUAAGGUCGGAGAGGAUUUAUACCUUGUUGAUGUUAGCUUAAUUUUAGCGGUCGGUCAAAAGCCAUAG